CUGCUACAGACAACCUUUCACUCAGUCCAGGCUCGACUCGACUGCAUCAUCGCAUCGAUUCCAGUCCCAGACAUUCGUCCAGACAUCGGGCACGGUGACCAUAAUGCCUGAGAAGCGACAUCUCGACGAUGGGAGCGGGUUGGAGAACGACAACAAACGACCACGCUCAAACAACGCAUCGCCUGCCCCAAAUGGUGCUCCGAAAAUGGACUUGACCGCGAAAAUAGCAGAGGCCAGAGCAAGGGCAGCGCAAGUUGCAGCAAGGCAUGGAUCAAAGCAACGACCGCCUCCAAGUGGGCCACCAGUGCAGUCGCCCAUCGAGAUCGCGAGAGCUAAAGCUGCGGCGUUUAGCCAACGCACCUCGUCUGCUGCAUCCAACGCUCAUGAGACGCCAAAACCUACUCCAGGCGAGCUAGCAAGAGCUAAAGCUGAGGCUUUGAGGAAACGUAAGGCGCUGGAGCUGGCGAACCAGCCAAGCGAGAACUUGACAAAAAGAAGACAAGAUGAAACCAUUGCGCAGUAUAGAGAAAGGAUCGGAGGAGGACUAGGUAUAGGACUGCACCCGGCCCUGCAGGAUUCACCGGAGACAAAGGCGGAACCAUUGAAGGAAGUGGAAAGAUCGAAGACGAGUCGCCGACGCGAACCUUCUCCGAGGCGUCCUAUGUCAGAGGACGUGGAAGCAAAGGACAAUCCUUACCUGUCUAAAGAUGUCGAUGCUGAGACCGAGGGAGCUCGUUCUCGCCCAGCUCGUGCUUUGAUCUUCAAUCCCCACGGAAAGUUCAUUGAGGAAGCUGCGAAAGAGCGACGCAGGAAGCAGCUGGAAGAAAUGCGUGGCUUGUUGCAAGGCGUAGAGAAGGCACAGGAGCAAUUAGGUCCGGAGAGAGCAUUUGUCAUUGAAGAACCUCCAGAGAUCGAAUGGUGGGACGAAUCCUUCGUGAAUGGCACAGACUACACAAAUCUGGAUGCGCCUGGCAAGCUGAAGCUUGAUGGAGACGACAGUCUUAUCACUAUAUACGUUCUGCACCCUGUACCAAUUCAGCCGCCACAGGAAAAGAAUGCCCCUCCUCCAAAACCACUAUAUCUCACAAAGAAGGAAAUGGCCAAGAAUCGCCGCACUCGCCGUAAGGCCGACCUUAAGGACGAACAAGCGAAGAUCCGACUCGGGUUGGUCGAGCCACCACCACCAAAGGUGAAGAAGUCCAAUCUUAUGCGUGUUCUCGGCAACCAGGCGGUUCAAGAUCCAACAGCUGUCGAAGCUCGUGUGAACCGCGAAAUUGAAGAACGUCUCGCUAAGCACGAAGCGGCCAACGCUGACAGAGCUCUCACAAAGGAGGAGCGAGGCGAGAAACUGGUCAAGCGGCAGCUCGGAGAUGCUGCCAAGGGUAUUCAUGUCGCUUUGUACCGCAUCGGGAAUCUCAGCUACGGCAAACAUCGCUAUCAGAUAGACCAGAACGCUAAGCAGCAGGCGCUCACUGGAAUUGGCAUCAUGACACCCAACAUGAACAUAGUCAUCGUCGAGGGUGGCCAGCGUGCCCUUCAGCUAUAUCGCAAGCUCAUGCAACGUCGUAUCAAAUGGCACGAGAAUUUCAGUCGCCCAAAGAAGAACUCAGGCGAAGAUGAGGAAGAGGAUGAGGCAGAGGAAGGCCCGCCAGAAUCUAAGCAUGCCUUCAUGUCACAAUAUGACGAGAAUGGCGAUCUGAAGGACAAUUCGGAGAACAAGUGCAUCCUGGUCUGGGAGGGUGAAGUCAAGGAGCGUUCGUUCAGGCAGUGGCGAGGCAUGAGAGCCUGUGAAACUGAGCAAGAGGCCAAGGAUCAGUUGUCGAAGUUCAAGAUGGAGAACAUGUGGAACUUGGCGAAGGCAGCGGACAUGACCGAAGUCCAAACCAUCUGGACUCAUGAUCCUACGCAGGCAAAGAAGCAGGAGGAAGACCAGCUCGAUGCCGGACUAGACGACUACGAAUGAGGUGAGCAGUGUUAACCACUAGCCAAAUUGAAUCAAUUGUACCUAGCUGACAGCUAGGCUCCGAUGUCAUUUGAGGUCGAACUUUCGUCACUGGGGUAGGUAGGAAAAGGUCUAACAUAGCGUCGGCGCUUGUAAUUUUAUAAGCAUGAAAACGAAAAGGCGGGCUGACCCGACGACGGACCUCGUCGAUUUGUACUCUACAUAGCUAUCACCUGCCAUCGUUUGCCCACGUAUAGGCACAAUAUGCUCUACCAGAGACCAAUCCAGGCAUAUGUGUAUAUUCUGUCAAUCGCACUGAUGUCUUGUGUUCUCGACCUUAGUCCUUACAACACCUCCUUCCCAACCUUUGUUCGCCACUAUAACGCUGAGAUUUAUGUUCAUUCUUUGACUGGCCAAGUUUUGCUCUUCGCUUCCAUUGCCACUUCUGCACGUCCAGGUCUCCAUGCACGUAUCACG